UCAGUUGAACUGCCAAAACAUUUUGUGUUGAUUCCGAACAAAUCUAUCACUCUGUUUCGAGGGCAGGAUAGCAGAGUAACUUGUGAAUGUGAUGGUGCUGCAGAUGCUACUCUAAAGUGGGAAAAGAAAGUGAAUAAAGGAUCAUUUUCGGUUGUACCCGAAAGUAAAGUCACCAUCAACAAAGAUCUGCUAACCAACAGAGUGCAGGCUAUUCUGGAGAUUGUUAAUGCCCAAUUAACAGACUCUGGUUCCUACAAAUGCACCGUAAUGGUAGAACCUGAUAAAUCAGAUUAUAGGUUGACAACUGUGAGAGUUAUAGGUAGGUUUGUCAGGUUUUUACACAUUGAAUAAUAACUGGGCUUUUACUGGCAGGCAUUGGGUUCCUAAAUACGAGAAAGCUCCGUCCCGAAGUGAAACCCGUUACCCAAGUUCUGCUGUAUUUACUUCUACCAUUUUGACAAAAAAGGUAUAGCCCUUUCGACCAUCCAUUAACAAACUGGCUUCAUCCCUUUUCUAAACCCUUGGAAUAAAGCUAAUGAAUGAUGUUAAGGGAGAACAGCCACACGUACAGCACUCUCGAUGUUUGAGUUUAAUCCCUUUCUGGAACCACCCGCGGCAAUUCAAAUAAAAUCUCUUUGACCGUCCUUUGCCAAAUUUGAUCUCUUAAUAACAUUUUGAUUUUAUUUCAUCUUCAUUUAUUGGCAUAGCUUAGUAAAUCCCUAAAGUAAUAGGGCGAGGAUCUGAAAAAUACGGGUAAAAAUUUCUUCGGGGAAAUCCUGUUCGAUAAUGAUGAAAUAGUAAGAUCAACGUGUUUUCGUUUUCCACGGCAGCUCAGUUGGCAGACCACUUCAGGCUGAGACCACGCAGAUCAGUAACUGUGCUACAAGGCAAGGAGGUAAAAGUCAAAUGUGAAUCAAAGGGUGUUUCAGUCACCAAGUUACAGUGGAAAAAACAAACAAUUACAGGGGAUGUACCUGUUCCAGACAACAUGGUCACUUUUGUUAGAGAUAAAUCCACCAAAGCCAUGAAGGCUAUCCUCAAGAUCCCGAAUGCUAAAAUUGAAGAUGCUGGUCUGUACAAGUGCGUGUUGACGGCUUUUGGCAAGACUGACUUCAAGCGGAUCAAAAUAACAGUUAAAGGUUAG